AGCGCUUGCAGAGGAACACGAGCGCCGUGGUUUGACCGCUUGGGUGAAGAGGAACCCCCAUUCAAAACGCAGGUUACGGUUCUGGAGCGCACCCGCGAGGCUGGCAAGAAGAUCCUCAUGUCUGGCGGGUCCCGAUGGUACGUCGUCAAGUAUCCUGUUGGUUUUUUCUGUUGGAAUGUUGUGUUUUGUUGUGGGUUUGGGGUUUUCCUUUCGUUGUCGUUCCUGUGGAGGGAGGCUGUUUGGUUGUUUUCAGCCUUCGGUGGUGGUGGUGUUGCCCCUCGCCUGUCCAGGUGGUCAGAGUGAGGUUUUGACCUCUCAGGCAGGUCACCCGUCCUUGUCCUUGUCCUGUCUGGUGUGUUGUCUGUUGCAGUUCCUUUCUCCUCUGUCAGGUGGGCUUGUAGGUGGUGUUUUCUAGGGGUGCUUCCCUGGUAUCCAGUGGUUUUCUCCGCUGGUUUUCUUGGCGGUC